GCCGCGCGGACAGCCUCGGCCGGAGCUCUGGGACCCGGGCUGCUUCGGCUGCCCCGCCCCUGGGCCCGGCCGGGACACCGCUCGCCGCAGGACUUCUCGCCGCCACAGUCACCUGGAGACAAAGUAGGACCCGCGCUCUCCGGGGACCCUCCGGAUCGUGCUCACCGGCACCUUCAGGCCGGUCGGCUUGAGGACCCUAAGGCCCGCACUAGCUCAGCUGCAGCAUCCCCUCCCCCGACUCCAGCAACUCCGUCUCCCCGCGCGCCGCGGACACGAAGCCAGUCGGAGCGUCCACCCCUGACCAGGGGCGUGCACUCACACCCCAUCCCCGGCGUUAGGCGGGCUCUCCACCAGCUCCCACUCCCACCGUGGGUAAACACCCCCGGGGUGUAGGGGCCGCCCGCCAACACCGCGUGGGCGCCCCGGGCCACCGGGCACACGCGAGCCGCUAGGACAGUCUGGUCCCGGGGCCCGAACAAGUUCCGCUGGCUGGGGAAACGCCUUUGGCCUCUCGCUAUCCGUGGAUCCAGGGGCUGACACACUGUGAAGGAUGCAUGCAGAUCUAGCAGGGCCCCCAACCACUUCCAAGAGGGAGUCCUCAGCAGCUGCCCCAAACCUCGGCUUGAACGAGUUAAAAAGCAAAGCCCAGGUUGGUCAAAAAUCACCACCGCAGUUCCGCAAACCCUCGCACCUAAGAGCCAAAACUCGAGACCCACAGUACAGUACGGACGCUUCGCGGGGGCCGCCGGCGAGGCUUCCCGGCUGGGCGCGCAGCGCGGUACCGCAGAGCGGGUCUCCAGCUUCCUGGCCGGUGCCAAAACAAGCGAUCUCCCGCUUGCGCCGCUCCGCUGCCCCGCGCGCAUCCCGGCCGGAGCCACAGUUGGGCCAAAUGGCCGCAGCUUCGGUGCCGACGACCCUUCCCCAGAUGGGACCUGCCGGGGGGGCGCUCCGGCCCGCACCGCUCGCAAUCUCCCGCCCGGCGGUGAACGGUGCGGAUUCGCGCGUCCGGCCUGCACGUGCGCGGAAAGCCGGCACUAGAUGGAGCCGCUCGGGCUUCGGCGCCCGUCUUCCAUCCGUACCCAGCCCGUUCCUCGGGAUGCGGAGGACCCAAAUCAGCAAGAUCCUCGCCUUUCUCGCGCUCCGCACUUCCGCGCCCUCCUGUCACCCCGCAGGCGCUCGCCAGCUCUUUUCCGUGAGACCGAGCCUGGGGUGGGAAGGAGAGCGCAGGGCCGGCCAGGAGCCACCCCAGGACGCGUCCUUCCGCAGCCCCAGCCUGGGGCGGGAUGCGCGUGUGUGCAGAUACGAUAGGGAAGUUUAAAAAACUAAAGUAACUUUAAGGAAAAAAGGCGCCGAGGAGAGCCUCGGCCUCCAGCUCCACCGCGAAACUCUCCCCGGGAGACCCGGCUCAGCGCACUUCCGUGUGUCUGCACCCGCGUCCGCCGUCCCAGCCUGCGGCCACCCCCGCGCCUGCCGCCUGCUCCCCGCGCGGCUCUGUCCCCAGCCCCGGGGUUUGAGGCAGCGGCUUGGGGAGUGGAACUUUGGAUGAAAAUGGAGCACCCUAGUGCACCCUGCCAGAACCAGAGGUUUUCGAAAUCACUGAGAAUCUGAGUCACUGAUGACAGUAAGAGAUCUUUGGCGACACCCGGCUGUGGGGCGCUCUUGCAAGGCGGUGGUGGUGAGGGGGCGGCGGGGAGCCCACCCUGAUUGUCUAGGGGUUCAGGCGCCCAAGCUGGGCGAGGUCGAGUCUGGGGCAGGCAGGGCUUUUGAGGAGGAUAAAGCAACGCACUGCCUGGGCAGCUGUCUGUGCUCUCUUUCCCAACCGCGCACCCCACGCCUCACCAGCCUGUCCCGGGCCGCUGCUCGAUGACCAGAAUCCCAGUAGGCUGCGACCCCGCACGUGCUGUCCUGGCCUCCACCCCAGCUCCGGGCGCCUGUGGAGCGGCUGCGGACUGGCCACUACACUUCCCUCCGCGCCCGUCACAGCUGAGCUUGCAGUUUGGGCUGCGGAGAGAGCGCCACUUCCCCCUGCCAGCUUCUGCCUCUGAGCAGUGUAGACAGCCGAGAUGGCCCUCGCGUUGGGGAUUCCGGUACCCGAUGCGUGGAGGUUGGCUUGUGCAAUGUUAAACCACACACACCAUGGUUUGCAGUCGCACAAAUCCAGCAACUGCAAAACAUGACACACACGGCCAGGUCAGAUGUUGGCGCACCAGUGCGAUCUAGUCGGGGAGGCACUCCUCCCACCCGCAAGCGCCGCGCACUCAGCGGCCGCAGCAACUAGUUUUCUUUCGGCCUCCCAGACACUGAGCACGCUAGAACCGAUCGCUCAGAAACAACCCUAGCAAGCCUUUUUCAUCUUUGGAAUUCUUAACUCCGACCCCCUAGAGAACCUUAGGCUGUCACUGUCAGUAGUUAGAAAAGUGGGCUCUGCCCCAAAUUCGCCCGAGGAGCUGGAGACCACGGUCUGAGAAUCACCUUCUCCUCACUCCUGUCUUCUCUCCUCGCCCCUCCGCUCCACCUCCGGAGUGCCUGGGGUGCCACCCUCUGGCGCGCAGAGGCAACUGACCAGGAAGAGUCUCAGAACAGGUGAAUGUAGAGACCUACCCUACUCUCUCCUUUAGACCCGCGGCUGGCGGCAGGCUACGCUUCCUGAAACGGGCAGAGUAGGAUGAGGGCGAGGUAGGCUAGGUGUUGCACCGUUUGCACCAUCCACCUGUGCAAAACCCACCUGCAGUUAAUGUGAACCUCAAGGAACAUCCCACACACUCUUCUCGAUUGUCCUGACAGCCACUGGCAGGUAUAGACUAGACUCUAGACUCACUGGGCAGAAGGGAGGAGGAGAAGCAGGCCAGUGAUUUGGAGAAGCUGCACUGGGCGUGUUUUUAUUUCAUUUUCCAUAGUUUAGAUGCCAGCGCUUUUUUUUUUUUAUCAGAAAAAAGAGAAAGCUACGGAAAUAAUAGUGUUUGUAGAACAGAACAAGGGCAAGACUGCUUUUCUUUCAUCUUAACCAGCUACACGGAGUACUCUAUUUGUCAAGUUUUCAGCCAGUUGUAAAUUUCUUUCACUCCCCAAAUCACAAUACACCCCCCAGGUUUAUUUUUAUGGUUUUAAAAACAUCAUUUACAUCACCCCACCUUUACCCUCCUUUGAGGUCGUCCCUGAGCUGCUCUGUUGUUGCUAAGACCACAGUUUCCAUCUGCAGCAGUUCCAAAUGCCACGUGAAGUGUUCAGAAAAAUAGGGGUGCAGGGGAGGGAGGCAGGGUAGCUGAGGUGAGCGUGAAAUGUAAUAGUUCAGUGAUUCAUCUUCCCUGAAAAUGUGCUCUAUGACAUCAGUGAUUUCUAAUGAAGAACUUCAUUCUUAACACACUGUGGUUAAGAAUCAUCAAAUCAGUACUGAAAAGACUUUGAUCGUUUUUGCAAGAUGCGCUAAGAUGAACUUUCACUGACCAAGAUUUCAAAGUUUGUAAUUAAUACUCUUGACAAAUUCCCUGACUAAUCUGUCAACUCUCAAUAUCUUGAACCACACAGUUCAAAACCCUGAGACGGUCUACACAGCCCUUGAACUUUCCACACGUUGUCAGGCAGUUGUUCAAGAUGAUUUUCCCUUUGGGUCUGUAUUAUGCAACUCAUAUUCACCGGUGGGGGAAAGUCACUUUGAAUGAAGUUUGUGAGAGUAUGCAUUUGCUUUGUCUCGUGCUGAAUACCCAAGGAAGGGCCAGAAGUAGAAAUUACAAGAAGCAGAUUCUCUUCAGUAUAAGGAAAAUUUAAAAUAAAAAAAGAA